AUGAAUAUAUCUUCAAAUUCAAUAACUAAUGUUGGUUUAAAGAAAUAUUUACUUAUAGAAGUACCAGGAAUAGUUAAAAAUAUUGAUAAUGCUAUUAAAAUGUUUGGAGGUAUAGAAAAGUUAAAAAAUUGUUAUUUUAAUGAACAAUCUUUAAAUUUUCUUCCAGAACCAGAUAAUCCAUUAGAAAAAGGUACUAUUGGAGAAAGGAAAGAUUUACAAAGUAUAGAAAAUUUAUAUUUAAUAAUAAAAUUAAAAAGACAUAAAAUAAGUAAUGAAUAUAAAUUAGAAAUUUUGGGUGAAGCAUCAGUAAGCUAUACUUUUAAGAUGAUGACUGAUUUUAUGGUAGCACCAAUAGAAAAUGUAAAAAAUAGUAAGGAUAUUCCUAAAGAUAUUGUAAAUAGAUUAUUUCCUGAAACAUUACGUGAUAGUUAUAAUUGGAUGGAAAAUAUUAAUAAUUCAGGAGAAAUAUUUUUACCACCAUUUACAUUUAGUCGUUAUGGAUUACCAUCACAAAGAAUGUUGUGUAGAGAAUUAGAAGAAAAUGAAUAUUUUAAAUUUGUUAGUAAAAAAGGACAUGGAACAAAUUUAAGGGCAGAAAGGAAAGCAUUAUCAAUAUGUGUUCAAGGUAAUGAUCAAUUUCCUUUAGCUCCAACAGAUAUUGCUAUUGAAGAAGCAAAUAUGCGUUGUAAAAAUCCAGAAAUUCUUGCAAAAUUUAAAGAAUUAUUUGAGGAAAGACCAGUAUGGACUCGUGGUGCAAUAAUGAUAAAAACAGGUUUUGAUGAUAGAACUUUAAAAUUUAUUUUACCAAAAUUUGCUUUUUAUAUUAUAAAUGGUCCUUUUAGUAGAUUAUGGUGUAAAUUUGGUUAUGAUCCACGUAAAGAUAAAGGAUCAUUUAAAUAUCAAACAUUUAUGCUUACAUUAAGAAGAUUUGUAAAAAUUCCUCAAAAAAUGCAAACAAAAUCAAAUGUUUUAGAAAGAUUUUCAAGAGCAGAUACAUCUAAUUUAGAAGAAGAAAGUCCAGAACAUUUUUAUAAAGAAGGUAUUUUACCUAAAUCAAGACAAAUAUGGUAUUCAUUUUGUGAUAUUUUAUUACCAUCAGUACAAGAAAGUUUAAAUAAUAUAAAAUUACAUCCUUUUGUUAAAUAUGAUAGACAAUUUGGAUGGAUACCAUCAUCAUUUGUAAUAUUUACACGUAAAGAGGUACGAAAAGAUAUUGCAAAAAUUGUUUCAACAAUGGAAGCAGAGGAUAUAGAAGUUAUGGAUGAUGAUGAUUGGAAUUCAGAUUAA